UUUUUUUUUUGUCUUAGUCAUCGAUUCAUACUGUAAACAGUUGGCAAAUUACCGCACGCGCAGCUUGUACUUUCCUUUCCUUCUCAAACUCCGCCACCGACGCCCGUGAGGGAACCCCGGCUGCUGAUUGGACGGCGCCGGUUUUAAUACGUCACAGGGCUGCAAGGUUAAAUUUAAACAGCAGAGGCGACUCGCAGUCGAGCAGGCGCUAAAACAGACACCUGCGCGGAUUGAAGACACUUUAGGAUUACAGCAUGUCUGCGCACCAAUAUACAAGAGACAGUCUCACUGUGAAAACGUUGCAGGCCGCAGAACACAAACAAAGCCACAGACUGUAUCCAACGUUGCCAAAUAUAAACAGGUAUGAUGUCUGUUUGCCUCUCGGCUCUACGGGGGAGAAGCUUUGGACGGCGGCUGAGGGCCACGGUAUGCGGAAAGACACACAGUCAGAAGAGCCAGUCAGCGGUUAUGACGCAAUGAAGGAACACAUUCUCAUCUUGGAACAGCAGAAUAAAGAGCUUCUUGCUAUUAAUAAUAAGUGGGCAAAAGAGUACAGAACAAUGGUGCAGUAUUACAAGAAGAAGGUCCAGUUUUUGAAAAUAUUAAGGCAAGAUGGUCUCUCUGAAGAGGAGAGAAGCGAUGAAGAAGAGAGGCCUGUCACAGUUUGUAAAACGGAAAAGGUCCAUGAAGACACCCAGCCUGAAAAAGACACAGUUAGAACCAAGUUACGAACGGCAGAGGAGGAAACCGAAGAGCUGCGAGCCCAGAACCGCUCUCUGACCCGGAAGUGGCAGCAUCAGCAGGAGGAGAUCACGCGGCUCAACAAGGCCUUAGAGGAGACUCUUCAGACACAGCCUCUGGAGACGAGCAGCGAAACACUACAAGACAUCUGGAAACAUCAGGCUGAAGUCUACAAGGAGGACUUUCUGAAAGAGCGAAAGGACAGGGAGAAGCUGAAAGCCAGAAAUCUGGAACUGGAGAAGCGGUAUAAAAAGGUGCACGAUGAGUUGCGCGCCUUUAGAUCUCAGGUGACGUUGGCACAGCCGGUGCACUGCUGUUCCUGCACGAGUCGAGGCAAACGCCCGGACCCGGAGCAGCAGCCCAACCAGCAACAGAGACGCUACACUUUCAGCAGCAAAGACUGAAACUUUUUGAGUUUGCAUCUGGAGAAGGCCAUCCUGACAGAGUGGCCUUCAGAAAGACAAUCUGCAGCCGCUGCAACUCGCUGAAGACAUAAUUUAUUGCACUGUCAAAAACACUAUGACCGAGGCAGACUUCAAGCACAUAUUUUAGAUCAUAUUUUGGUUAACAUGUCUGCAAAAAGGAAAAAUGAGACAUGACCAUAAUGGUCUGCUUUAAUAAAUAGUAAGUAGUAAGGGAGAGAAUCUCAAGCUAUGCUGGAACUACAACUUGUAACAUCUGACGUUUCUAUACACUAUUCAUGUUUAAUCACUUUCAUUUUGCAUAUGAAAGAUGUAAAAAGACAAAAAAAAAGCAUGAUGGUACACAUUGUAUUUCAUACAGUAUAUUUAUUUAUUUAGGUUUGAUGGAUUAAACGGCACAUGCAUUUCUAUAGUUGUUUAUUUAUGAUGAAAAUAAAAACCUUUUCCUUUA